AUGGGAGUUGUUUUUCCAAGUACAAUUAGACGAAUUUGUUCCCCUUAUGAUGAACCAUCAGUUAGAGUUGUAAUUAUUGGUCUUGAUUCGGCUGGUAAAACAACAUUAGUUCAAAGAUUUAAAAAUUUAGUUGAUUUACAAAUUGAUACGCAUGCAUCUUUUAUUGAAUCUAUAACAACAGAACCAACAUUUGUUUAUCAAAUUGAAACGGUUUCUCCACGUCUUUCACCAGUUGCAUUUAAUCUAUGGGAUUUAGGUGGACAAGAAAAAACUCGAGAAUUAUGGAGAUUUUAUUUAACUGGUAUUCAAGGUGUGGUGUUUGUUAUUGAUUGUCAUGAUGAACAACGAAUAAAACUUGCUAGAAAAGAACUUUUAGAUUUAUCAAAGAAAUUAGGUCGAUCAUCUACUAUUCCUGUUGUUAUUGCUGCUAAUAAACAAGAUUUACCAGAAUCAUUAAGAAAAGAAGAACUUAUUGAAGCAUUAUCAUUACCAAAAAUCGAAUCUAAAGAAUGGAAAAUAUUUGAAAUAAGUGCACAUAGUGGAGGUGGUGUUAUGGAAAUGUUUUCUUAUUUGUCUCAGUUUAUUCAUAAUAAUCAGUAA